GGUGCUAUGGGUACGCCUCCCUAGUUGCGUCAUCAGAAAGCGACCGCCUGCGGUUUGUGUACCCCUGCCGAGCUGUACCGAUUUGUGUUUUGCCUCCUCCCUCCGUCCUCCACGCGUCGUUGUCAUGAGCGUCGGAGGGCAUCCUCAUCUCAGGCUGGGAUGAUGCAUCUUUGUCAAAACAGCUGGGCGGUCAGAUGAACUCAACACUGGCCCAUUUAAGUACGUUUUAUUAACACAGCGGAUUUACAAAUAUAGGGUCUGGGACCUGGACAUUCAAAUUGGAUUGAUUUUCAAGCAGGCACGCGGCGUUUUGAUCGACGUAUGUUGUGUGCUUUAUCAUGGGUUAUAUACGUGAUGUAUUUGCAUAGGUUGGAGGAACCAAAUUUCAGGUUAUGAAACGCUGAAAUAAUUAAGUAUAUUUAUAAAGCCGCACUAGUUUUAUAAAGAUGAGAGGAAUUCUAAGUCUCGCCCUGUUCCAUCUUUUAUUACAUCGAUCAAAAUGUGGCUUGAUUGGCCUGAAUAGUGUAAUAUACAGUGCUUGAAGUGGAAUUGAUCUCUUUAUAUUUUCAUUUAACCUUUAUUUAGCCAGAAAAAAACAAACUGAGAAUAAAAGAUCUUCUCCAAGGGUGUCCUGGUCAGGACAGGCAACAAACACAUGAAACAGGUUUGACAGGACAAGCUAAAAACAUCCAGACAAAACAAUCUCAUAACACAACAAUCCUAGAUCAUCGAUACAGUGUAGCAGUGGCUUGAAUUUACUCUCUGCUGUCUAUUUUGGUUGUACACUACUAGUGGCGGGCUACAUAUUUGGGAACUGGCCCUUUAGUGGAGCCUUAAACCACCUCUUAAAACACAUUCACUGCCAUUGACGGCUUUAGAAGUCAAAUAUCCAUGUUAACUGGCAAACUAUCACAUCGCUAUUGUAGAAACCAAUACUGCACAAAAAUGCAAUGUAACAGCACACAACUGUGCCAUCUACAUCAUUUGGAGCGGUUUAGAAUCAAUAUUAUCUAAUGACAUGACAAAAACAUAAAGCACUUAAAUACAUCAUACUCACCAGGAAUGCGGAUUAUUAAAUUGUGCAGAUUACCACAGCUGUGUCUCAGUCGUCGAAAUUUGCUUUCUCCGAACAAACCAACCAAUCAGAGGAAGGAAAAAUCAGAGGAAGGAAAAAUGGUCAACGAUAUGCUGAUAUAGUUGAUGUUACAUUGGCCGGGACUACUGAUUCUGAGCAGUGCAGCCAGGAGAAACACUAUGAAAUGAGGAGUAAUCAAAUUUAGGUUGUAAAUGUAGGUCACUGCUUCUGAUAGUGUUUUGGCCAGUCGAGAAAGUCUACCACUACAGUGUAGUGACUUUAUAAUGUCUUAGACGGUAUCUGCGGAGAUACCUUGAUCCGGUGUUAAUGGGGCCGCACUCGUCAGCACCAGAAUUGGCCCCCCAGUCAGUUCUACGCUGAAAGCGGCCCCCGACCCAUGACGGAGUACUGCGAGGACGGGGGGCUGCUGUAUGAGCAAUCACCUCCCAUGCACAUCAAAGUGGAGUCUCCCGAGGGACACUCUGCAGGGGGGGCUUCCGACAACGGCUUCCCCAGGGAUGACGACGACUCGGAGGGCAGCUGUGACCAGAGCAGUGGACCGCGCGGGGGCCUGCCCUUCAACGUGGUAGUGGUGCACCCUAAACUCAUGGCGCCCGGCAUGUCCUCAGACGACCUCUUGUCCAUGGAACAAAACGGAGCUAUGUCAGCUGCACUUGCAGCCAAUGGCGCGGGCAAAAGAAAAAGUCGCUUCAGCGGCGCGGAACUUGAGGUGUUGGUCUCCGAGGUGACGCGGUGUGAAGGAGAGCUGUUCGGCCCGGCAGGGAGGCUCCGACGGCGCGAGAGGGAACGCAUAUGGGCAGGAAUCCUCGAGAGGGUCAAUGCCGUGUCUAGAGUCCCACGUACGCUUCGGGAGGUCAAAAAGCGCUGGGAUGACCUGAAGAGACGCAACGGCGGCCGCCUGGCGGACGCCCGCCACCGUAGCUGGUCUCUGCCACCCGGCAGAUCGUCGACGCUCGGACAGUCCUCCCAGUCCAGCCCCAGGCUUCAACAUGGCAGGCAAAAGCAAAGCUCCAGACCAAAGCCCACUUUCACGUGCUUCCCCGAGUCGGACACUGGUUUUGGAGGGGAGGGGUCCGAAAAAGAUGCUUUGGACAAGGAUGACGAAAAUCCAGAGCACGAGAGAGAUAUCGGGGAUCCUGACUGUGAAGACGAAGAAAACAGCAUGGAAGACAAACUAGGCCUCGGAUUAGGUCUGGGCAUCGGCGCGCCUCCAACCUCAGAACGAUGGCUUCCUCCCUCCCCGCUGUACAGCGCCCCUUUCUUAAACGGCAGCCCGGAGCCCAGCAGUCCUCAGCCGUCGCUCGGAGCGCAACAGGGUCCUCUCGAAGCCCCGCCACGCGGCUCCUGGCUCGAAGACGAGCUGCGAGGGGUCGGAGAGGCGGCAAUUCAGCUUGGAAAUCGGGUGGACAAGAGUCUGCGGGAAUUCGCCGACUGUUUCAGACAGGACAUGAGAACGCUCGUCGCAUCGCAAGAGGCCUUGGCGCUCAGUCUCCAGCAAAACAACGUCCUCCUGCAGAGGCUUUUGGCAGUGCUGGAGGCGCAGCAGCAGCAGCAACGCGUGCCACAAACGAACCACUCGCAGACAUCGCAGCAACAGCAACACAUUGAACAACAUUUACAGCAGCAGAUUGAAGACCCACAGCACACAGUGCAAGAGCAACACAAACUACAUCAGCUCCAGCUCACGCAGCAUUCAAACUGCCCCUCCGCUGGAGCCACGCUUCCUUCGUCGUCGCCGCCUGACCUACAAACCACUUUUCCCUCGCAUCCGCCCGCUGGCGUGAAUGGGUGCGCGCAAAAGCCGCGACGAGGAAGAGCUCUCGAUCACAGACGCAGGAGACGGCGCUGAAAACAGAAAGGACCGGCUGGCAGUUAAAAGCACACACUAGUUUGCAUACUUGCUCAAUAAGGGUGUGAAAGUGUGUCUUGUUUUUUUUCUAUUGCUAUUUGGGGUUCAGCUUCAGAAAUACCCAUUGCACUUAAAAGUUGUCCUUAGAACUAUUAGAUGUGAGCUUAUAGGGUGGCCUUAAAUUUUAAAUGUACAUAUUCUUGUGCUAUAAGCCCUCCUAACAAAUUGUGUUGAGGAUCAACUCGACCCCUUUAGACACAUUCUUCCCAGUCCAGAAUUUAGUCGAGGUGUUUACAUUCAUGCUUUUCAAUAGAGCUUGUACUGUAAAAAAAAACAAAAACAUUGUCAUGUAAUGAAACUUAUAACUUUUGGGGAUUAGUAUGGUAACUGGAAAGUUAGGGAUGUUUGGCCUUCGGGUGAUAUUGCAGGAUGAACCUAAAAUGCACGACAAACAUUACAGGUGGACUUAUUUUGACCUUCUCUAAACUUUUGAAUGCACAUGUUAAAAUGUUCAGUACAUUUUGCACAACUUACUGUCAUAUAGGGAAAAUUUGAUCCAUGAAUUGACCAAAACAUUUCCGGCCUAAGCUCCGAGCGGUAGCUUGUUAACAUUUUGAGACCAAGAAAAACUCGAUCAACAGUACUUUGCCAUUGCGAGGCUUUAAACGACGUUCUUUGAGUGAAGUGCUUACUGAGAUCAAACACCUGCUGUGAAUUUUGCCAUACAAAUGUGCAUUCAAAAAUUCAAAAAGGUUAUUUACAGGCUCAUCCUGAAAUUUCACCCGAAAGCCCAAAGUGCUGAACUUUUUGUGAUUACUGUAGUGUAUAUUGUAGUUCAACUGCUAUUGUAACUACCCGCUAUUGUAUGCCUGUGUUUUAGCAGUUUCAUGGUGAAUACUUUUUCAGUUUAGGUGACACAUUCAAAAUGUGUUGCAUUCAAUGCCUAAUGAGGCAAAAAAAAUUAAUAAAUGGCGCCUGAUUUUGCUUGCCUGCACCAUCAAGAAAAACUUGAGGCUUUAGCAUUACAGUUGGAUUGAGUCCAAUUGAGGGCAAAUAUAUCCCUGCAUAGUGUCAGAGUUGUGUGUAGAUUGUUGUCUAAAAACACGCAUAUUGCUAUCAUAUUUAUAGUUUUGCACAAGCUAUAUUUUGUAGAUAUAUAUAAUGUAUUAACACAAAUAAAAGUAAGACUGGUUGAUGGCC